AUGCGAUGUAUCGCACACUUAGACAUGGACUGUUUUUACGCUCAAGUAGAAGCAGUUCGACUUGGUAUUGAUUGCCGUACGGAGCCAUACAUUCUUUCACAGUGGGGAAACCUGAUCGCUGUAAACUAUCCGGCGCGUCAGUGUGGCAUUGUCCGUUUCAACACAGUGGAGGAAGCCAAAGAAAAAUGUCCUCAUGUAAAGGUUUCCCAUGUGGCAACAUAUGCAGUGGGAGAAACGGAGUAUAAAUAUCACGAGAAACCACAAAAAGGAACGCAUAAAGUAGCCUUGGAACCAUACAGAGAAGCGAGUCGCCAUAUUUUUAAUAUUUUACGGAGUUUUGAAGGAGUAAAACUGGAAAAGGGCAGUGUGGAUGAAGCCUUUCUCGAUGUGACGGUCGCUGCAGAGCAAAUAAAGAAGUCUGUUAUGAUGCUAAACACCAAACCUCUCUCCUCUUUGGAAGAUGUCAUGGAACCAUCAACUAGAGUAAUUUUGAAUCGUCAAGAAGAAAUUAACGCAUGGUUUGAAGAACGAGGUAAGAAUUUCCACGAAUUAUUUGAUUCAUCUUUGCACCCGCUUGCCAGUAUGGAAAAUAUAUUGCUUCUUGGUGCAGCAUCACGAGUUGUAUGGAAUAUUCGACAGCGAAUACGUGAAGAACUUCAUUAUGACUGCUCUGCAGGAAUCGCCCAUAACAAACUUCUCGCCAAAAGUAUCUCCUCACGACACAAACCUAAUCAACAGACAUUACUUUUACCAAACUGUGUUGCUUCCGCUAUGUGGGACACUUCUUUUCGUGAUAUUCGUGGUUUUGGUGGGAAGUAUGGUGAAGCUGUUCAACACGCUUGUGGGGGAAUGGAAUUAUGUCGUGAAGCGUGGUUAGUUCCAAAGGAAGUAUUUAAAGUUUUACUUGGUGAUGCUAAUGCUGAUUACACGUACCGUCGACUGCGUUGUUAUGAUGAAGAGAAAAUAACUAAACGAUCAAUAUCUAAAACUUUGAUGGCCUCUAAAGUCUUUAAUCCACCUACAUCCUUGGCAGAGGGUGUAAAAAAAUGGAUAACUGUUCUUAGUAGUGAACUAUGUGCACGAUACAAGGAAUUCUGUGAUACUUACAAUGCAAAGGGACACACACUUAAUGUGAAAUUAGGAAAUCGUGGACUCAGUCAUCUUAGCAAUGUUUUGAACAGAACUCUUGCAUUACCUGAACUAGUGACGACGGAAACCUUGAUAAAUGCUACAAUGCACUGUGUCAUAAGCACUCUAUCAGAACAGUAUGGUGUGACAGUUAACGCGGUGACGCUUACUAUAGGCUCAUUUAAAGAGAAAGUGAAUGAUGAUGGUAUGAGACAGAGACAACAAAUGGUCCUAACAAGUUUUUUCGCUAAAAAGGAUGCUGAGAAGCGUGAUCGAAGUAAUAGUAAUGAGGCAACUGUAAUAACGAUCUCAUCAUCUUCUUCAUUAUCAUCGUUGUCAUCUGCAGAAUGUCUGGAACAACAACAAAUCAGUAAUAAAGAGGUGGUAGAUUUGGAGGAAGAACCGAAUACUGAAAAGGAGGUGAUAUUUAUUGACUAA